AUGCUAUGCAGUGUAGGAAUCCCCUUUACUUCCGGUGGUUUCCCCAAAAUUGUAACCAACCACGCCAAGCCACCUGUACUUCCUGUGAAACGCUUUGAUGCUAACGAAAUAAAAAUGUUCCUAUUAACCUUUUAUCUAUUUCUUUGUUUAAUUUGCGUAAAUGCACAACAGGGACAAGAGACUGAUACGCCAGAAUUUGCACCAGAAGAAAAAUUCUUGGACAUUUUACCCAUAACUCAGGAGAACUUUACAGACGUUGUUUUGAACUGCAACGAUCCAUGGAUUAUCAUUUUCCACGAUGGUACUAUGUCUAUGGGAUGGAAGAAGAUGGCUGUUGGCACAAGGGGUGUGGUUUGGUUGGGGAUGAUCGACAAAACACUAAACCCUGAACUCCUUUCUGACAUAAAUUACAACCCAGCCAAAGAUGGGGAGUCACGAGUGUAUCCCUAUGGAGGAACCCAGCAUAAGAAAAAGAAAUGGGUGUCUGCUAAAAAUCCUAAUGAUGCUAAGAUCGCUGCCAUCAAGUCUCUGCCAGACCAGACUUUAAGGAUGAAGGGCAAGGAUAUUCAAGACUUCCUUGUUGAGUGUUUUUCUUCAUCACCUUCACGCUUCCCUAUUGUACUACUUACAGACACUCCAGAUACCCCAUCCUUGUUCAAAGCACUAGCAAUAAGAUUCAGAAAAUAUUACAAUUUUGGGAGAUUCGUAGAUGCUACAAUAGAGGAUUUCAGAUCUCUAGGACUAGGUCUUGAAGACGACACCUUUGAGCUUCCUGCCAUCUUGGUUUUGGUCCCACAGAGACCUGGAAUGAUCGAAGAAAUAGCAUUCAAUGCGGUAGAGUACCGCACCAAUAUCAUGGGUGUUAUAAACUACUCUAACGUCCUCCAGUUUUUGUUUGCUGUAAAUAACAAAUAUCGAUACUGGCUGCCAGGCAGUAACAUGUCAAACCGUAGGGAAGUUGCUGAAAUGGAAGAUAUUAUUGAAAUUGAAAACAGGAGAUUUGACAUUUUGUUUGAGGGGAAAAAAGCAAAAAUCACUAAAAAAAAGGAUGAGAAUCAGGAAGAACAAAUAAUGUUUGCUAAAGAGCAACAUGAAAAGAUACAGAAAAUGAGCAAGGAAGAACUAUAGCUAACAGUAUCAAUGAACCAGUUUUAUUGCUACUGUCUUUUAAGUAUAUAGUACACUACAAUUAAACCUUGUCAAUCAUGGAUCCUUUAAUGUGAGAAACUUUUGGAAUGGAUUUCCCCAACAGUAAUUGUUGAUAAGGAAAUUCAUAUUCUGGAUCUGAAACACUUUUUUUUUUUCAUGCGAAAACGAUAACAUUCCUUAUAUUAAAUGAUAUUUAGUUUGGUAAUUUUGUGCUGUACCAAAAUUUCCGGUUACUUAUUAUAGACAUGCAGGCUCAUGAACAAACACAUCAUAUACUUUACAUAAACUUAUUAUUAAUGCUCUUCAUUGUCAUUUUAAAGAGCAAACAUUUUUCAUAUUAUCAAUAAACUGGGACUUUACAGGGAAAAUUUUGCUAAGGUUUAACCUCUACGAUUUUGGCCCUCCAUAAUGACAGCAAAUUUAUCCUGAUGGCGGAAUAUUAAUCCACAACAAUCUGUUAUUAGAUAUACAGGGCAAAAUAAAUGCUGGGCAUAUGGAUUUUACCAGUAAUGAGCAAAAGUUGACCAGUUGAAAAUUUCCUAGUAUUUUGUAAUACACACAAAGUGGAAUAUUUUCAUUUUGAAUCAGUCUUUUAUCUUGGUCAGUAGACCCAUGUGGGAAAUUUGGAAGGGUCAUUAUUUAUAUUACAGAGAAUGGUUUGGUUGAUGAUUUAUAUUUACAUAUUUUACCCUUUUUCUUUGAUAUUUUAUCUCUAAAAUAUCUAGAAUCCUCAAACGUACAAAUCAGAACAAGACCAACCCUAUAUAUGGAGAUCUGCCUAUACGGAGAAGUCACUAUACAAGUUCUCCAAAAUCUUGUUACAAGUCCAUGGUUUGUCUGGUAAAAUGUUUGCGUUAUGAUGGAUUUUUGCAAUAUAUUGAAGAAGAAUUGAAGGGAGAUGCAAUGGUUUAACGAAAUAGAGAGAUCUGAUUUUACUAUUCAUUUGUUUUUCCCUCAAAGUCUGUCUGUGAUACGCAAUAUAUGUAAAUGUAAAUCAUAUUUUUAAAAUUUUGUAAGUCAUAUAUAUAUACAUUGUUUGUGCAUAUCCAGAACUAACUUUCAAUUGAAAUGCUAAAAAAAUGAUUAUUCAUCACAGAAGUUGUCUUUAACGGAUGUUUUAUUUUGAAAUAGAAAGUCUGACAUUCACCAUUCAUAAAAACAUUUUGAUCUCAUAAUUUGAUUUACCCUGGUGUGUAUCCAGAUUUUCAUCACAGAGAGUGGGACACCUAUAAAUGUACUCCUUACUACUGUAUUAAAAUAAUAACACAUGUAUCACAAUAGUUUUCACUUUCUAAGAAUAUGGACAACCUUCAUCUUCAUAUUUGAAAUAUGUAUAACUAUCUGAAUUUUGUUAUUUCCCAUUUGGGCAUGCUGACAUGGCCUUGUACACUUUGCUGGUACAUCUCACCAGGUGCAAUCUGAUUAAAAACCAUAUCUGAUCUUUGCUGUUCUGUAGAUAUCUUUUACAUAUCAUGAAAAUUAGUAAAUGGUCACAUACUUAAGACAGAUUAUAUUUUUUAUACAAAUUGAAUUGUCAUAAUAUGUUUUUAUAAUUUUUUAAUUUAAUAUGGAAUACUCUACAUGUGAUUUUUUUACUUCACCUUAGAGGGAAAUACUAUGUCGGCGUAGUUGUUGCCGUUCAAAUUUUUCAAUAUUGUGUUAAAUUUAAAAAUCAUGAUAGGUUAACACCUAUUAGACAUAAUCACAAAUACUUAGAGAAGCUAUAAUGUUUUAUACAGCUUUUUUAAAAUACAUUUUCAAAUUGUUAGCCGAUUUAUAACAAUAAUUCUGAAAUAAAUCAAAUUUUGUACACAUGCAUUGUUUAGUUUUUAUUCUAGCCACAACACAUGUAUGUACCAAUACUUUCUGUGUUAUCAGUGUUCAGAAUAACCAAUUAGGGCUGCUAGCAUCAAGGUAUGUUCUAUAUAUAGUCAAGUAGCAAUUUGUAUAUCAACUUCUGCAAAUGUGUUAAAAAUUUGAAGAUUCUGCUACACUACACUGCUUUGCCAGUUCUUUAGUUCAAUAACACACUUGCUGACUCUGCUACAGUGAUAGUCUGGUUUAUAGGUUAAUUACACACUAUAACUUUAUUAUAGCUGUGAUAAUCUGGUUUUUAGGUAAUGAUCCUACACGCUUGGUGAUUCUGCAAAAGUGGUAAGUUAGUUUUUAGGUUGUUUUAU